AUGGUGACUCCUCCGCAGCAGUUCUGCGUCAGAUGGAACAGCUACCAGACCAACCUGCAGAACGCCUUUCCGAAGCUGCUGACGUCAGAGCACUUUGUCGACGUCACGCUGGCCUGCGAGAACGAAAUGCUCAAGUGUCACAAAGUGGUGCUUUCCGCUUGUUCGACCUACUUCGAGAAGCUGUUGCUGGAGAAUCCUUGUCAGCAUCCGAUCAUUUUCAUGAAAGACAUGAAGUUCUCGGAAAUGCAAUCUCUGGUAGAUUUCAUGUACAAGGGUGAAGUUAACGUAACUCAGGACGAUCUGCCUUCGCUGUUGAAAUCGGCAGAAGCUCUGCAGAUCAGAGGCCUGUGCGGCUCAGAUCAGCUUCUGAACCCCACCUAUUUCAACAACAUCAGGGCGGCACAACCCACUCAGCAACCUUCCCAGUCUCAGACCAGCCCCAAAAUUGGGUCCCCAACCCCUUUUGAAACUAAACCACAGCCUAGUCAAAUACCCAUAAACAAAUUGAGUGAUACCCCAGUGAAAAAAGAGCCGAAUCAAGUAACAGAAGGUUCUGACAGUGGUAACAACCCCUCCUCUUCUGAUUGUGAUUCAAAUGAUGGGAUGCUGCAAAUAAAAGAAGAUGUUGAUGAGGAGGUGGAAGACUCUUAUUUCGAAGGUGACAAUGGACUCAUGGAUCAGGAAUUCACAGAGGAAGAUGUCACUAUCAAUACGGAAAUAAAGCCACAGUUCUCGCCAAUAGCGAAUGUCUCAUGUCAGUAUGAUGCAAAUCAAGGCUCGGCGAACCGCCGCAUCCGACGGUCGGACGAGGAGCUCCGCAGAGCAGCCGAGUGCAUCACGCGCGGCCAAACCUUCCAGACGGUCAGCGACCAGUUCAGCAUCCCCAUAUCCACCAUACGCUUCUACAUGGCGCGCAAAGGUAUCCUGCCGAGGCGCAAACGGGGCAGGGCGUGCGCAGGGCCUAUGGGCGGUAUGGGCGGGAUGCCGCCCUUGACGGCCUCCUACAACAGCCCUGCCAGUCCGAUAGGACCGCCCUAUCACAUCGUGCACUACAAAUUGCCGCAGCUCGGCAUGUCCAAGCUGAAAUAA